CAAAAAAAUUGCCAUUUUCUGCCCAGUUAAGGAGGGCGGGACUGACCUAAAAGCAGGGACAGUAAUUCUAUAAUUUUAUCGGCUCAAAUGAUUAAAAAGGGGAGCCAAUAUGAACUAAAGUCACAGAGACCAAGCAGGUGCACUAUGUUUGUGUGUGUGCGCACCUGCCCUGUGUGUGUUGGGGGAGGGGGAAGGGCAGGCAGGCAGGCAAUCUUUAAGAUGUCUGUAAUGUUGCAGUUUUUCACUUCAGGAGCAUGAAUCCUUUUUCAGAUAAUCUUCCUAUGAUGAUUCAUUGUUUUCUAUUGUCCACGGUAACCUAUUUUCAAGUAUUAUUUUAAUUAAUAAUUAUUUUAAUUAUUAUCUGAAAAAAAUUAAGUGGGGAAAAGAAAAUUGUGAUUUUUUUUCUGCGUUCCAUCCAGAGUGAAUUGGAUAUACUUACAUGUGCUGUAAUAUUGGUAUGUAUUUUAUGAAGGCUCAUAAGCACUAAAUUAAUUUUCAGACCAACAUUUUGUAAAGAUAAUUUGUGAUUUCACAGAAAUAUUGAAAUGUUUUCAGGUAUGUAAAUAUCGAGCAGGAACCUCAGAAAUGCACUAAGGGUUGAGGAAGUUCAUGAUGUGUUUGUUUUAUAUCAAAAUGCGAAGAGAUGACAUGACAGCAACAGGUGUUACUGUAUUCUAUCAGAACUGGAUCCAGCAGAAAUGUAUGAACCUGUUAAUGUGUUUGUUUUGCUUUUUUUUUUUUUUUCAGAAUGGCCUUAAGGAAAUUGACCGAUAACCGGCCUGAGACGCCGUACUUCCGGCCCCCACCCGUUCACAUCCGGGUGUUAAAAUGUUGCGACCAGCUAAAGGUGAUCAGCUGGGACAUCAAGGAUGGAGGGGUCAAACCACUUCUAACAAAAAAAAAUAAAGUGGCCGCAAUCACCGAUGGUGAAACAUUGGUAAAAAUCACUUUAUUUGAAGAGUUCUCCUCCAAAGUGAAACAGGACAUGUCCUACAUGAUGAGGGGACAUGAGCUGAGGGGCCAAGCUCCCCCUUACCUCAUCAACAUCACGUCAAAGACACAGUUUUUUAGAGCUCCUGCCCUUCCAGUCUCAGAGGCCCUCGUCAAAAAGGCAGAAGAGCUUCUUGAGCCACCUUCCCCACCAACGCCACUUAAGAUGAGCCCAACAUCUGGAGGGCUCAUGACAGUGGAAGGGGAGGUUGUGGAGAGCAGCGGGGAAAAAGACGUCCUCGCCGUACCUGGGUCCAUCAGGUCCUCCAGAGGCGUGAGCACUUUGGAGAGUUUCACCACUUGCUCCAGGAGCUGCGCUUGGAUGACGGCCGAUUCCAGCGAUAUCACCGUCUUUCACUCGCCCAGUUUGAGGACCUGCUGUCCCGCGUCGGUCCGAGAAUCGCCCGCCUAG